UCAGAAUGUUUUCCAACCGUGCCUUUGGACUUUUUAUGUUUUUAUUAACCUGAUUAUCAGAUUGUUGUUUUUUUACAAAAAAAAGAAAAAUUAAAGCUGACAAUUUUUGUAAAAUUAUUUAUUCAUAUAUGUUAAUUAAAGAUGGAUGAAAUAUUAACGUCACUUAAAAUUUUAAUUAUUGGAGAAACAGACACAGGAAAAUCCAGCAUUUUAAUUAGAUUCGUCGACGAUGAAUUUAAUGAGAAAAUGCCAAAUACAAUUGGAGUUGAUUAUAAAUCAAAAGAAAUUGAUGUUGAUGGUAAUUUAGUAAAGCUUGCUUUAUGGGAUACAGCUGGACAGGAACGUUUUCGAACAUUAAGUCCAAGUUAUUAUCGCGAUGCUCAAGGAGCAAUUUUAGUAUAUGAUGUUACAGAUAGAAAAACGUUCAAUAAACUUGAAAAUUGGUUAAAAGAAUUAGAAACUUAUUGUAGAACAAACAAUAUUGUUAAAAUGGUUGUUGGCAACAAAAUAGAUUUGCCUGAUAGACAAGUUACCAAGGAAGAAGGUAUACAAUUUGCCAGAAGGCAUAAAACACUUUAUAUUGAAAGCAGUGCAAAAACAGCUGAUGGAAUUAAAUGUUGCUUUGAAGAACUUGUUAGAAAGAUAAUUCAAACUCCUGGAUUAUGGGAAGCUUACGGAAAAGGUUCAUACGGUAUUCAAAAUGGAGCAGCGAGAAAUCGACUGGGAAAAAAAGGAAUCCAAUUAGUGGAUGAACCACAGCCUAUAGAUCCAAAUAGCAGUUGCUAUUGCUAAAAUUUAAAAUCUAUAAUGAUUUUGUAUUAAGUUUAAUUUUUAAAGACAUUCAAUCCUAAUUUUUAAAUUUAAACAAUUUUUAUAAAUGUUUUUUUGCACUUGUUCCUAAAAGGCAAGCUAAAAAAAAAAAAUUUCUAGUUUUACUUUGUAUAUAAUAAAUUAGAAUCUACGAGUCUAUUUAAGUCACUAUUGAAACACUUGUUUUCUAGUUUUUUUUUUUAAUCUCUAGUAACAUAUAAUCAUACUGAAUAUUAUGUAUUCAACUCUGUUAAGA